UAUAUGUAAUAAAUCGAGAAGUUCUCCUUUUGGAGGAGUUGAGGCGUCUUUAAGCAUCGAUGAUUAGUGGCUCGUGAUUUGGUUGGUCGGUUUGGAACUGUUUGAGGAAGGGACUGAGAACUUCUUUGGGAGGCUGAUUGAGAAAGGGAGAAGGGUUGAGGAGGUUGAUGGUGACAGUGAGUGUUCAGUGCAUUGGGAAGAAGUGAGAAGAGGUUGAUGAUAGAUCAUACGGAGGAGCAAUUAUGGCGCGAGGAUUACUUCUGAUUUCUGUGACAGUCGUGCUACUAUCCUCGAUUAAUGUCGGCGCUGAGGAGGAUCUCAAAGACGACGGGGACUUUAACGACCGUAAAGAACACAACGAGACGACCGUCACGUCCAUCAAGAUCAACGACGAAGAGCCAGGGAAUAGGACGACGAUGAUUUCGACUCCAUCCACGUUUGGAAAUGGGAAUCGACAGAAUGCCACCAGAGGACUCGCGUUACCAACCAGUGCGGAUAUCUCGAAGGUUAUACCUGAUGAUGCUACAGGCGACGAGGAGACACCUGAGGAACUGCCAGAGGCUCAAGAACUGAAGAUUGUCAGGCUGGGCCUGAGGAAACGACCCACGUACCGCCCUCCACCAAGAAGACCAGCAUCUACUAUUCGGAGGAACGUUUAUGCAGAUCUGGCAAGACCAUCACUGAUCAGACCGCCAAGACGACCCACGGAAGUGAAGAAGGAUCCCACGGAAAAGGACUGCACUUUCUUCACAAAGACAGUUUGUCUCGAAGCGACUGAUUAUCCGCACGAGGCGAUCGCCAGGAGCUUGAGGGGAAACAAGGAGAUGGUCGCAGCCUUGUUGACGGAUUACAAGUCGCAGGAUUUUGAUGAGUCUGGUGAAAGCCUGCCGGUAUCCUUGCCCCUUGAAAGUAAAUUUCAGAACAAGUAUUCUGGACGAUAUGAGAAUCGGUUCGAGAGCAAUGAAAUUAGAAGGAGAUCCGACACAAAUUCGCCAUACGAUAAUGCCGAAGAAGGCUUCACCUGUCCUUCAGUCAUCAAAUACGCACGUCCCCAGUUGGCCAGAGCCGCUUCUGGCAUUUGGAAAUAUAUAAUAAAUACUGGAGAACAUACACAGACUUUGAGAAUGGAAAAGUGUUCAAAACCACAGUCGAGCUGCUCCUUCAUAUCGGAGAACUAUCGAUCGUCGUGCGUGCAAGUGUACAAUUACCACAGACUGUUGACCUGGGACAGUAAGUUGGGUCUCCACAUGGACAUUUUUAAGGUACCAUCCUGCUGCAGCUGCCACGUGCACGGUUAUUCCGAGAUCUUUCCACCUCAUCAUACGGAUCCACCCCCGAAGAAGAAGGAAUCGUUUCCAGGAUCCGAUUUCGCCACGACGAACGAUGAAAAGGAUGAUUUCGAGGAAGUCACGAAGCUGAAUUAUUUGAACAAAUUCUCAUCUAGCUUUGACUCCAUUCUUGGCUCAAGCAACAAGAAACCCACUGUAGAUGCCACCCCAAGUCGACCAACAUUUACCCUUCCUGUCAGAACGAGGUCGAAGAAGCCUUCGUCUUCCAAUUCGAGGCCUUUCGACAAGUUGCCUCAACAACACGCGCCAAACACGAGAGCACCAGGCUACACUGGACCACUGCUGAAGGGUUCCAGGCCAGGUAGACCUAGCAGACCACCCUAUAGACGGGAAUCUUCGUCGCACGUAGAGGAACAGACUGAACCUGCGACUAACAGCUCCAUUGGAAACAGAUACAGUCAACCAUAUGAUCUGGACAUGGACGCCUCGUCUCGGUUACAAAAUAGCGGUUUUUACGACGAAUAUCAGGAGCCACAGAGGCGAAUCAAUUACAAUUAUCACCCUAUAAUCGACUUUUUUAGACCUGAAGCGUCGAUGCUGCAUUCAGCUGAGACACAGUCAGCGUCGUCUCAAGACGAUCCCAACGCAUGGAAACCGGUGAUAUCGUCUUAGGCGACGCUUGACUUUCUUUAGAGUACCUGAUCCUUUCUAUCUUUUGUAUAAAAUCGUAAUUAUUCGCAACGAUAGUAGAUUUAUAUUUUAUACUCAUUCUUAAAUUUAAGUACUCAUCCAUAUUCAUCGAAAGUAUCCUUUGCAAUGGUACUUUUCAUCAUCAUAUUAGAGAAUGCUGUGAAACUUUUUUGACAAUUUUUAUGACUGCAGAGCUUUGGAUUAUUUAAAUUGUACAUGUUUUGAUCAAUUAAUUAGACAUAGCUCUUCAAAUAGAGCGUUUCAUUUUGUAAAACUUCCUUGGAUUUUCCUUUGUAUUGAGCUCAUUGAAUUCGAAUAAUUUCUUUUAGGAUAUCAAGGAAGGAACUGGAAAAUUGAUUUAGAAUCUUGAAAAUUGUAUUUUGCUUCAACAGAAAUUAGAAAUUCCUCACAUCAUCGUCACCGCGAUUUAAUGGAAUGGCAACUUAAGGAUUGAACAUGUUUUUUUGUUCGAUAUUUCAUAGAGAAACGAUUACACGUUUUUGUUAUACAUAGCGGAACUAGAUUGAACAGAGUAUACUAAUACAACGCUCAGUAUAACGGUAGUGAAUGUCUAACGCCUGUAGAAAUAUAAUGAUUACGUUGGGCAGGUGCAAUCGCGAGCUGAUUCUAGUUAUGUAAUUUUUGCGUGAAUUUUAUUCUAUUAUAUUUAUUAUUCGUUAUUUUUAUUAAUUUAUGAAUUAUCGUGGAUAAAUUGUACGCUCGUGUCCUGCGAAUCAUCAUUAAAUAUAUGA